UUUUAAUAUUAAUUUCACAAACUUAUCUCUUUCUUUUUCUCUCUAUAAUUCUCAAACUCAUAUUUCUGCUCUCCAAUGGCGAAUGCUCUCUGAUUCUCAGCUGUAGGAAGCCAAAAGAUCUCGCCUUUGAAUCCGGUUUUUCACAGAAGCCUUCCUCUCUUUCCUUUUUGAUACGCUAAUCGCUGGAAUUUAUUGCAUUUUUUUUUGUUUUUGGUUUGAUCUGUGUAUUAUUCAUAGAAACUCUUCUGCCAUUGUUGUUUGUGUUCUUUUUUUUUAGGGUUUAAAUCUCUUUUGGUGCUGCAAAACCAUCAUCUUUCUGUUUUCCUUUGCUUGAAUUGGAAAACCCUGCCUUGUUCUUUCUGCCAUUGCUGCUAGUGUUCUUUUUUUUUUUGGGUUUAAAUCUCUUUUGGUGCUGCAAAAACCUCAUCUUUCUGUUUUCCUUUGCUUGAAUUUGAAAACCCUGCCUUGUUGCUGGUGUAGAGGUGAAAAAGUUAGGAUUUUUACAUAAUUUUCAACAAGAAUAUGAUGCACAAUAAGUCUGAUUCCGAUGUCACUAGUUUAGCAGCUUCAUCUCCACCAAGAUCUCCCAAAAGGGCUGUGUACUAUGUCCAGAGCCCUUCCAGGGACUCCCAUGAUGAGGACAAGUCAUCGUCAAUGCACGCUACUCCUGUUUAUAAUAGUCCCAUGGAGUCUCCUUCUCAUCCUUCCUAUGGCCGCCAUUCAAGAGCCUCAUCAUCCAGUCGGUUCUCUGGUACUUUUGGCCGGAAGGGAAGCAGGAAGAGGUCUAAUGAGAAAGGAUGGCCUGAGUGUAAAGUCAUUGAAGAGGAGGGUUCUUAUGAUGACCUUGAUGAUGAUAAGAGCUUGUCGAAGCGGUUCCAGAUCGCCAUUGGGCUUCUCGGCUUUGUUCUGCUCUUCACUGUGUUCUGUCUCAUAAUAUGGGGUGCAGCAAGGCCUUACAAAGCUAAGGUUGUUGUGAAGAGCCUCUCUGUGGAUGAUUUCUAUGCUGGUGAGGGUUCAGAUAAUACGGGUGUUCCAACCAAGUUGAUAACAUCAAACUUUUCUCUGAAAAUAACUGUAUAUAAUCCUGCUACAAUGUUCGGAAUUCACGUCACAUCCGGCCCCAUUAAUCUCAUUUAUUCUGAGAUCACGAUCGCAACAGGCCAGUUGAAGAAGUACUACCAACCAAGAAAAAGUCAUCGAUCCGUGACUGUGAUCUUGCAAGGAGAGAAGGUUCCUCUAUAUGGGGCUGGAGCAGGCUUGGCUCUAUCAAGCACUGGUGGUGUAGUUCCUUUGACACUAGAUUUCGAUGUUUUAUCGCGAGGUAAUGUAGUCGGGAGGCUGGUAAGGGUCAAACACCACAAGCAUGUCUCAUGCCCAGUUGUGAUAGAAUCAAGUAAGGUGAAACCCAUCAAGUUUUCCUGGAAUGCUUGUGCCUAUGAAUCUUUCUGAGCUUUUGUUGUUUCAGUUUAACAGUUACAAGAGUGAAAAGGUUUCUCAUUGUAUUUUGUGAAUGUUUCUGAGUGUCAGGUUGGUUUUGUUUUGAAAGAUGGUGCUUGUUUGAUUGAGAGGUUGCA